UUCGUGAUUGUCGUAGAAAACCCAGAUGAGAUUGCACUAGUCUCUGUAACCGUCGAGUCAGUUUCAUCAGCUUCAGUUUCUCUACCACCCUCUUACAGCAAGUGGGUGUUUGUUUUUUACCUUGCUGUCUUAAAUUUUUCCAACUUUCUCUGUUUGUUUCCAUUGUGGUGAUCCUGUGCAUGCUUUGCUUCGUGCUUCAGAUUUAAUUGCGAGCUAACGAAACAAGGAAUAGAAACCGAAACGCCCCUCUCCUCAUUUGAAUUAAAAAACAGAAAUGGCUCCGGCGACUAAUUGGCUCUCCUUCUCUUUAAUGUCCCCAAUGGAAAUGUUGAGGUCCUCCUCCGAGUCUGAGUCUCCCUUCGCUCAGGCUUACGAUACCUCCGCCGCUACUGUCGCCUCUCCUCAUUACUACCUGGACAACUUCUACACCAACGGCUGGACGAACCCGAAACCAGAAGUGUUCUACUCGGAAGUAGGAGGAGAGGAAGACCAGACGUCGACCAAGCUUGCGAGCUUCGUCGUCGACACACAAACCCAGAACCAGCCGAUUCCCAAGCUCGAGGACUUUCUGGGAGACUCGAUGGUUCGCUACGCCGAUAGCCAAACCGAGACUCAGGACUCUUCCCUGACUCAAAUCUACGACCAGAGCUCGGCCUAUUUCGGUGACCAUCAACACCAGAAUCAGGAUCUUAAGGCGAUUACUGGGUUCCAAGCCUUUUCGGCUAACUCAGGGUCUGAAGUUGAGGACUCGGCCUCCAUGGCCAGGACUAGUAAUACUCAGAUCGCUUGUGCUGAGUUUACGGGUCACUCGGUUGAGUCGGUUGGGAACGGGUUGGGUUUUUGUGGUGGUACUACUAACACUAGCAAUGGUUUGUCUCUUGGAGUUGCAAAUACUACUAGUACUAAAACUCAGAGCUCGAACCGUGAGAAGGCCAUUGUUGCAGUGGAGGCUGAUAGUACUAAGAAAAUAUCUGACACUUUUGGGCAGAGGACUUCGAUUUACAGAGGUGUUACUAGACAUCGUUGGACGGGUAGAUAUGAAGCGCAUCUCUGGGAUAACAGCUGUAGAAGAGAGGGUCAGGCGAGGAAAGGACGUCAAGUUUACUUGGGGGGAUAUGAUAUGGAAGAUAAGGCAGCAAGGGCCUAUGAUUUGGCUGCUCUGAAAUACUGGGGACCUACUGCAACUACCAACUUCCCUGUUUCAACUUACAGCAAAGAACUGGAAGACAUGAAACUUAUGACCAAGCAAGAAUUCAUUGCUUCCCUCAGAAGGAAAAGUAGUGGUUUUUCAAGAGGAGCUUCUAUGUACAGAGGUGUAACAAGGCACCAUCAACAAGGGCGCUGGCAAGCAAGAAUUGGCCGUGUUGCUGGGAACAAAGACCUUUACCUAGGGACAUUCGCCACUGAAGAGGAAGCUGCAGAGGCCUAUGACAUUGCAGCCAUAAAGUUUAGGGGCAUCAAUGCAGUAACAAAUUUUGAGAUGAAUCGAUAUGAUGUUGAAGCUAUCAGCAAGAGUUCUCUUCCUGUUGGUGGUUCAGCAAAGCGCCUAAAGAUCUCGCUUGAAUCAGAAGAGCAGAAACCAUCUGUGACCAACCUUGAUCAUCAGCAGCAGAAUUCUCAGUGCAGCAGUGGCAGCAACAGCAACACCAUCAAUUUUGCUCAUUCCAUGUCACAACCAAUUCAGACUAUCCCAUGCGGAAUUCCAUAUGAUCACGCUGCGGCACUUUAUCAUCACAACCUUAUCCAACAGUUUCAAUCUUAUAACUACUAUGGCACUACUUCGGAUUCUUCAGCAGGGUCGCACCCUAACAUUGCAACAAGUCAGAUGACAAUGCCGAUGAUGCCCCAGCAGCAGCCAGCUGAGUUUUAUCUCUGGCCUCAGUAUCAAAACCAUCAUUCAUAGGGGGAUGAAAAGGGUUGUUUUGUUGAUCCCAUAAUGUUGUAUUAGCUGCUAACAUUAUCCGGCUGACCCAACAUCUGACCCUCACUCCAAUCCGCCUCUUGACCUUAUAAUUAGAACUACGACUAGGGAAAUCAAGGCAAGAUGGUUUUUUGUUUGGAGGCUAAAGUUAUGGAUAGUGUAGGAAGUAAGCUGGAUUUUGUAUCUUAAGGUGGGAAAAACUCGGAAUGGCGUAUCCAUUUACUUUUAAGAAAUUUCUU